GAAACGCCUGAGGAAAUAACUGGGUCGUCCUAGAAAAUUCUUCAGAAGUAAAGAAGACAUUGCCUCUGUAUCUACAGUCAAGGGUUGACGUUAUUUGAGGAAAUAUUGGUAUGGUCGCGUGAUGUCGUCUUUAUUUGCCUUGACGCUGUUGUGUUUUAUCGCCGUGGCUCUCUUUCGUCCUGUAGAAGCCAGGUCAGGACGGAAGAAACUAAGAUGUGGUGUCCCUGGAGUCCCACGAGCGCCCGACCGCAUUGUGGGAGGAAGGGACGCAAUCCACGGGGCGUGGCCAUGGCAGGUAUCCCUCCAAUAUUGGGGCAUUAUUCACUUCUGCGGCGGUACCCUGAUCAACAAGCGAUGGGUGUUGACGGCUGCACACUGCGUGGAAGACGGAACGAAGCCCCAUGUGACCUUGGGAGAAAGCAGACUGUCCAAGAACGACAGUACAGAGGUCACCAUUAAGACCAAAAAAGUCUUCAUUCACCCGGGUUACGGAGUAUGGUACAACCUCUACGAUGCUGCUCUCCUGAAGUUGAAGAAACGAGUUCGUUUUAACAAGUACAUCCGCCCUGUCUGCGUACCCAGCCAGAACUCCCCACUACCUCCACCUGGCACGGUCUGUUCCAUUACCGGCUGGGGGUCAACCAGGGAAGGUGGCUCUACUAAAAACCGUCUCCAGGAAGCUGACGUUCCCAUAGUGAGUGACUACGACUGCUCUUCCGUGCAUGACCUCUCGUUCGACUCAUUCGUGGAGUUCUGUGCCAGGUACAUGGCCGGAGGAGUCGACACAUGUCAGGGGGAUAGCGGCGGCCCACUUGUUUGCGAGAAGGACGGAAACUACUUCCUGCACGGCAUCACCAGUUGGGGAAUUGGCUGUGCACUGCCUGAAUAUCCCGGCGUCUACGCACGUGUAGCCGCUUUUGCGGACUGGAUCAGGGACACUAUUCGUAACAACUAGGCGAGGGUCCAGAAAAACCGGUGUCACAGCGAUCUCGCCCCCCCCCCCCGGGGGGACAAAAUCACUAGCGAUCUCUAGUUUUCAAAUUUGACCUGGUACCUGCAGUUUGGCGUAACUUCACAGUCUGUAACAGGUGCAACCGGCAUCAACCUCGCUAACGCCUCCUAGCGACUAUUGACAAAACGUCAUCUACUUCUGGAUGCGUGUAACUAGUUUUCAAAUUUGACCUGGCACCUGCAGUUUGGCGUAACUUCACAGUCUGUAGCAGGUGCAAUGGCCAUCAACUUCACUAACGCCUCCUAGUGACUAUUGACAAAACGUCACCUACUUCUUGAUGCUUGUAACUAGUUUUCACAUUUGACCUGGUACUUGCAGCUUGGCGUAACGUCACAGUCUGUAACAGGUGCAAUAGGCAUCAACGUCACUAACGCCUCAUAGCGACUAUUGACAAAACGUCACCUACUUGGAUGUUUGUAAAUAAUUUUCAAAAUUAACCGAUAUUUGCAUUUUUUGUUCAUUUUACACAGGAUAAAAUCAACAAGUACCAUUUCGAGAAAUGUUUAUUCAGGAUGCUGGCUUAAGUCAGAGAGAAGUCUGGAAUAUACGUAGUCUUCCCCUGGAAAGUUAGAUAAUAUAUGUAAC